UAGCUUAACUCAGAAACAGGCCAAACGUCUGUAAAAGCAGCGUCAGAGCCGCUAAGUUUGAGUUAUCUUUGAAUUGUCAACCUUUGCCGAGAAGAAAUUAACAGCAUGUUUUUCCGCAGAUGGAGGUUUGGUUGGGACAGGUUUAGUGAUGUGGACCUCUUCGCUGACCGCAAUGAGACAAACACGGAGACCCUCUCUCAGGCCAUCAGAGCUGCAGCUUCUCAGGAGCCAGAUGCAGAUGGGAGCGUGCUAUUUGGCCACCUGCGGGGCACUGUGGUCGGCCUCAGAUAUUACACGGGAGUGGUGAACCGUGGGGAGAUGGUCGGUUUAGUGCGUGAGCCCCAUAAUCCAUACGACCGCAAUGCAGUGAUGGUAGCAAAUGUUAAUGGCAACCAGGUGGGACACAUCAAGAAGGAACUGGCAGCAGCUAUGGCCUAUGUCAUGGACAACAACUUGGCUAAAGUAGAGGGGGUGGUGCAUUCAGGGACAUAUAACAAAUUCAACAUGCCAGUCAUGCUGUCUUUCUGGGGGAAAGAAGAAAACAAAAAAGCUGUGGUGGAACGAAUGGCGCGUCUAGGCUAUAAGCUGAAUACGGAUGGAAGCGGACCAGAAGGUAAAAAUUUGAACUCGUAUAGCAGCCCAGGUGCUCAUGCAUUUCCAACCAAAAAAGGUGUGACUAUCCCACUAACUGCAGAGGAGCUAAAGAACGCGUUUGACAACCUGUUUGAAGAUUUGAUGGAGAGCAAAGAUGGGGAGAAAGAAGCAGCUGAAUCUGUGGCCACCCCUCUCCUCCUUCACCAGAAGCAAGCGCUGUCCUGGAUGUGCGCUCGAGAAAAUAAAUCUGCACUGCCACCGUUCUGGGAGAAGAGAGGCGAGCUCUACUACAACAGCCUUACAUGCUUCUCUGCCAAAGAAAUACCAGAGCGAGUUCGUGGGGGAAUACUGGCAGAUGACAUGGGACUGGGUAAAACUCUGACAACAAUCGCCCUGAUCCUCACCAAUUUUCACAAAGGAAAGCCGCUGCCUGUGGAGAAAUGUGAGGAGCCGUUUUCACCCACUAAAGCUAAAACUAAACCCCAGGAGGCCUCCAAAUUCAAGGGAAGCAGCAGUAUAGGUAAAGUGGGAAUGGAUGAUGCAGCAAUUCACUCUCGAUGCUCAAAUCUUCCCCAGAAGGAAGGGACCUGUGUUGAUACAGCAGAUGUGGUCGAGGUAACCAGUGAACCACAGAAAAGUGCAACAAAAGGGAAGAUAAAACCCACUAAACAGAAACCCAGUAAAGAGAGCAAGGUGUUUGAAGAUCUGGAUUUUGCUGCAGCCCUGAGCAGCCCAACAGCCAACACAAGCUCAAAGAAGAAGAAGAAGAAAACUACUGAAAAGGCUGAUCUUAAGCAGAAUGUGGAAACCUCCAUCCCUGAAAACACAGAUGAUUUAUCAGCCAGAGCAACUCUCAUCGUCUGUCCACUCUCUGUGCUCAGCAACUGGCUGGACCAGUUUGAGCAGCAUGUGCAUGCUAAUGUGAAGCUAGACGUCUAUCUGUAUUACGGUUCAGAGCGCAACAGAAGCAAGAAGUUUCUGUCCUCUCAGGAUGUGGUGAUCACCACGUACAAUGUCCUCUCUGCUGACUUUGGGAACAAGAGUCCAUUAUGUGGGAUCAACUGGCUGAGGGUGGUGCUGGAUGAAGGACACAUCAUAAGAAACCCAAAUGCACAGAUGAGUAAGGCUGUGCUUGAACUGAAAGCUCAGAGGCGCUGGAUUCUUUCAGGUACUCCCAUCCAGAACAGCGUGAAGGAUUUGUGGAUGCUUGUGGCCUUCCUACGUCUGAAGCCUUUCGAUGUGAGAGAGUGGUGGAACAGAGUGAUCCAGAGGCCUGUUACACAAGGAGAGCGGGCUGGGCUGCAGAACCUUCAGAUUUUGGUGAAGUGCAUCACCUUGCGACGGACCAAGAGCAGUGAAGUGAAUGGACGCCGUUUGGUGUCGUUGCCUAAGAAAAAGGUUUACGUGGAGCAGGUGGAGCUCAGUCAGCAAGAGAGGGAGGAGUACGAGCUGGCACGCAAUGAAGGAAGAAGCACCAUUAGCAGGUAUGUAGCUGAAGGGACUGUCUUGAGAAAUUACGCACAUGUGCUCGUCAUCCUGAUGAAGCUCCGACAGCACUGCUGCCACCCUGAUCUGCUGGCAAAGAUGUCAUCAGAUUUAGGUGCUACAGCAACGCCAGCAGAGCUGCGGGAGCGUCUGAUAGAAAAGCUCAGAUUGGUGUUGGCCAGCGGUUCUGAUGAGGAGUGCUCUGUGUGCCUGGAUUCCAUCCGUCUUCCCGUCAUCACACACUGUGCCCAUGUCUACUGCCGGCCCUGCAUCGCCCAAGUCAUCGGUACUGAACAGGAGAAGGCACAUUGUCCUCUCUGUCGAAGUGAGAUUAAGACAAGUGAGUUGGUGGAGUUUCCACAAGAGGAAAUGGAAGAAGAGAGUAGUUCCAACUCUGGGAGGUGGAGGACAAGCUCAAAGGUGCAGGCACUGAUGGGAAACCUGCUCAGGCUGCGGUCUGAAGACAGCAGUAUUAAAUGUCUGGUCAUCUCUCAGUUCACACGCUUCCUCACCAUCCUGGAGACUCCACUCAGAGAACAUGGUUUUAGUUUUGUGCGUCUGGAUGGCUCAAUGAACCAAAAGAAGCGGACCCAAGUCAUCCAGGAGUUUCAGAGCUCUGCAGAAGACAGCCCAGUCAUCAUGCUCCUGUCACUCAAAGCUGGAGGGGUGGGACUUAACUUGACCGCCGCCUCUCAUGUAUUCCUCAUGGACCCUGCUUGGAACCCAGCUACUGAAGAGCAGUGUAUCGACCGCUGCCACCGUCUGGGACAGAAGAGGAAUGUUGUUGUUACGAAGUUCAUUGUGAAGGAUUCAGUGGAAGAGAGCAUGGUGAAGAUCCAGAAGCAGAAGCAGGACCUGAUGGAGAAAGCCUUCGGCUCCACAAACACAGACAGGAAAACAUCUCGCAUCAAUGAAAUCCGAGCUCUAAUGGAGCUGUAGGACAAUGUCAGAUCAAACAUUUUGGUAUUUUUACAGGAUGAGCCACUUACCAACUUCUCAUUUGUUUAGCUAAAAUAUAAAGACAUUGUUCAUCUGGAUUUAUGAUUCAAGGGUGAUUGUGCUUAGAACUAGAGAAAACUGAGAUUUGUUUUUUUCUUUUUUAAAGCUAACACUCUGCGUUGUAGAGGGAAGGUUAAUGCCCACAUGUUGUACAAGUUUAAUUCUUGACUUGUUAUCAAGCAAAGUUCAACAGUUUUGACAAUAUUUGUGGUUCAUUUACAACUCUGGAUUAAAUAAAUGCAAACCA